AUGCUUAUUCGUGUCGCUUUUGCGAUUACUGUAGCCGCCUCGCUUCAAACUCGGUUACACUAUUGCGUUUGGGUGGAAGAGGACACGAUGAUCUCGUCGCUCCUCGUCAUUCCGCUAAUCUUCGCGGCGAGCUAUGCCAAUGAAUUGGAGUUUGUCGAGCAGACGCCCGACGUUACGUUUGUCGACGAAAUGAAGCGAAGCGAACGACCGACGCGCUCAAUGGACGGUUUGGACUCGCCGCUUAUUCGAUUCGGCAAACGAGCGCCGACGGCACCAUUGAUUCGAUUCGGCCGCACUCCCGAAGCGUCGCCGUUCAUCCGCUUCGGCAAACGAUCGCCCACCGCUCCACUGAUACGAUUCGGACGCGCUCCAGAAGCGUCGCCGUUUAUUCGGUUCGGCAAGCGUGCCGCUGGAGCGCCGUUGAUACGCUUCGGCCGCGCCGCAGGAGCGCCGCUGAUUCGCUUCGGUCGCUCCGACGGCGCUCCGCUCAUCCGUUUUGGACGCGCCUCGGGAGCGCCGCUCAUUCGAUUCGGAAGAAAAUAA